UAUCUUUCGUUCAAUAUGAGUACUUUUGAACUUCAAGAAAAUUACAGUUCAGAUUCAUCAAACGAUGCUGAUUAUAUUCCUAAUGCCGAUGAAAUAGAUACUGAAGAUGAACAUGAACUUGUUGAUGCGGCACAGGGUGAAGAAGACAUUGAACCAAAAUUGAUAACUCGUAGUAAACGUAAAAAAUUUGAAGCUGAAAUUGAAACACAUAAUAACAUAAAGAAACAAAAAUUCGAAGAAAAAAUUUCCAAAGAAUCAAAUACAAUUGAUGAAGUACGUAAAAAUAAGAUUGAUGCUUUAUGGGCAGAAUUAAAUGCAGAUGAUGAUGAUUAUUCUCCUAUACCAGUAAAGCCUGAUAAUAAUUUAGUAAAUGAUAAAAGCCUCCUGAAUAAUAAAUCUGUUGAAAAGAAUAUUACUGAUAAACAAAAGUUACCUAUAACUAAAGUUCCAAUAUCAACAAAUAUGAUUACAAUUACAAACACUUACAAAUUUGCCGGCGAUAUUAUAACAGAACAUAAACAAGUUCCUGAGGGAUCAGAAGAAGCAAUUGCAUUUCUAGAAGACAAUGAAGUUUCCAAAGCAUGCAAUGAAAAAUCAAAUCCUAUCUCAUCAACAUCAUCAAAAACUUUAAGUCCACUUACAAAAUCAUCAAAUCUUCAAAAAGUUAAAUCACCUCUUCCAAAAAAUAAUAGUACUAAUAGUAGCAAUAAAUUUGGUAAAUCUAAGGUAGGUCUUGACCAACUUGCCAAUUCACUUAAAAAAAAACCAACAAAAUUGAAUACUUUGGAAAAAUCAAAAAUGGACUGGAAAAAGUAUGUUGAACAAGAACAAAUUGUUGACGAACUAAAAUAUUAUAACAAAAAUGGGUAUAUUGAAAAACAGGAAUUUUUACAACGUACAUAUGAAAGACAAGAAUCUGAAAUAAGAUCAUUGAGAAAAGAUUCAAGAAAUAAAUAAAGUUAUUCUAUUUUUUUUUUUUUGUUUUCACAAUUUGAAUUGUUAUUUUUUUCUGCUGAAUAUUAUUAUUUAGCCAGUAAAUGUAUUGGGCUUUUAUACCAAUAUUAAUGGAAAAUAAUAGUCAAAUAAA